ACAGAGGUGACCAUGUUUUUCCCACUGUUGCUGCUGAUCUGCUCUUUCUCCAAGGCUCAGCUUCAAACAGAGUCUGACAAUGAAGUGAUUCAGCUUGGAAAGCAAAUUGAAUCCCAGGCAAGGGAACCAGCAAAUGCCUCUUACCACCAACAGAGCUGUCCACAAGACAUCCAUGCUCUGCUGAGAGAGAUGACCGCCUUGUUGGCUGAACAGAAGGUGGAGAUAAGGCACUUACAGAGAGAGAAUGAAGCACAAGCAGCUCAACUGAGAGAACUGGAAUUGCAAAAGACUCAUGUGGACAAUCUGAAGCAACAGGUUCAAGUUCAGUCAGGAGACCUGACCACCAUUAAAGCCAGGGCCAAUGUCACAGAAAACCAGGUGGAGAAUCUGAAGAGAGAGAGAGAAGUCAAACAGGUGGCCUUUUCAGCCUCUCUGCUGGCUUCAGGCUCAGGAACUAUUGGACCAUUUAACGCACACACUCCUCUGGUCUUCAGACAUGUCGUUACAAAUAUUGGAAAUGCCUACAGCCCACACACAGGUUUUUUCAUUUCACCAGUGAGAGGAGCCUACCACUUUGAGUUCUACAUAGGUGCACACGGACAUGCUUCACACCCUUCAGGUGCUGUGUUGGUCAAGAAUGGACAGAAUAUUUUUAUUGCAUAUGAGCAUCAGCCGUCCCAUUAUGGGACUUCUGCUAAUGGCGUCACACUGAUGUUAGAGGUCGGAGACGUCGUGUUUUUGCAGCUGUGGGUUAACGCGAGGAUUUUUGACAAUGGAAAUCACCAUAGCACCUUCAGUGGUCAUCUGCUUUUCACCACGUGAGAAGGAAACGUUUUCUUCAGCUGUUAAGAUGGUUGUGCACACACUGCAGCAGUGCAUCAGUACAUGUUGAUAAAAGUAUCAUUUCUUUUCCCUUUAUAUGCAGCUGAUUGACAACACUCUCUUUCUGGAUUUCAAAAUACACAGUGAUCCACAGUGAUGGAAUAUAUGUACCAAAUUUUUACCAACAUUAGUUCAUGGAAGUGUAGAAUUUCAUGACAAAACGUGAAAAUGUUCAAAAACAAUGUGGUCUAAGAAAAACUCAAGUGAAUCCUGUAUCUUUACCUGGAUUCAGAUCAGCACUGAGAACUUUAUUUACUUGUUCCUUGGAUCACAGCAGCCAACCAAACCAUCUAACCUUUACUGUCUGGUCCUUCACUGUUUUUUACUUGUUCAGCAGAAACUUGAAAAGUCAUGUGUUGUUUAUGUGAGAGAGAAUAUUCCCUCAGUUCUGUCAAAUGCAAGAUACAGUAGCUGUGCUUUUUUUUUUGGAUUUGUAAAUAUCUUAUCUUGACAUACAGGACUAUCAGUAUCUGCAAAUUAUAGUCUCAUGUACAGUAUUUCUACAUGAAAUGUGGAUGAUAAAGCUUAGCAGUGAUAAUGAUUUGUACAUAUGAAAUAUAUUAAUGCUGUUUGCAUUUGAA